CCGCGUGGUGGCUGCUGCUCCCGCUGCGGCCGCCGCCGUCGUCGUCGUUGCCUCGCUCCUUGCGUUGGGCGGCGGCGCACCGCACCUCCGGCGCCGCGCGAUCGGAUCCCCGGGGCGGACGUUGCCCCCCCCCCCACCACCACCACGAAACCUCCCCUUCCCAGCGGAUAGUACCCAUUUGGGCAGAUGGCAAAGAAGAAGAACCCAAUUGUCUUUAUGGAUGUAGCUAUAGGUGAUGAGCCUGAUGAAAGAAUGAUUUUUGAGUUGUUCGCAGAUGUUGCUCCUCGGACAGCCGAGAACUUCAGAGCACUGUGCACAGGUGAGAUGGGAAUUGGACAAACAACUAAGAAGCCACUAUAUUACAAGGGGUCACUCUUCCACCGUGUAAUCAAGGGGUUUAUGGCACAAGGCGGCGACUUCUCAAAUGGCGAUGGAUCUGGUGGAGAAAGUAUAUAUGGUGGAACAUUUGAAGAUGAAAAUUUUGAUCUACGCCAUGAUGACCGUGGUCUCCUGUCAAUGGCAAAUGCUGGCCCUAACGCCAAUGGCUCACAGUUCUUCAUAACUUUCAAACAUAAUUCUCGUCUUGACAGGAAGAGCACUGUUUUUGGCAAACUUAUUCUUGGAAAUGAUGUGCUGAAGAGAAUCGAAUAUGUUGAUGUGCAUGGUGCUGGCGCCACACCUGUUGUUCCAGUAAGAAUAGUGGACUGUGGAGAGCUCGUUGACGGUAGGCAUCAUGGGUCCGUCAUUAUUGACAACGAUAAAAAGAGAGCUGUGAAGUCAAAGUUAUCCAAGGAUGUAUCUUCUGAUGUGGAAAAUAAUGAAGGAAAACACAAGAGACACCACAAAAAAUCUUCAAGGAGGAGAAGGAAGAAGAAGAGAUAUUCUUCUUCAGAAUCAGAAAGCUCAUCUGAGUCUGAGUCUGAGCUGUCAGACUCUGAGAGUGAGUCUGAUACUUGCUCCAGUGACUCAUCUGAUCUCAGCAGCUCAAGUGAUGAUAGGCGGAGACGCAGAAAGAGACGCUCCAAGAAGGACAAACACAAGCGUGGGAAAAGAAAGCGUGAUCGUCGCCGUGAGAGAAAGCAUAGAAAGCGUGACAGGAAAUCAAAGCAAAAGUCAAAAAGAGUGGUAGAGAGUGACAGUGAAACUGGAAGUGCGAGUGACAGCAGCUUGGAGGAUGAUAGAAGUAAGCAGCACCACCGUGGACGGAGAUCUAAGGCCUCAUCCCAAGUUUCAGGUGAAAAUCACACGGCAAUAGCUGCUUUGAAAGAUGCCACUUCAUCUCAACACAAGAGUGCGACACCAAGGAGUCUACCUCAAGAAGACAAAUCUCCUCAGGAGAAUGGAGAUACCCGCACAAACGGUGUUACUGAAUCGAAAACUGAAAGGAAUGCCGAUAUUGCUCUGACCUGCAAUCGAAGCAAAUCUAGGAGCCAGAGCAUGAGUGGUAACCACUCAAAGAGUAUGAGCAUCAGUCCAAGGAGAAGCCCAGUAAAAAGGUCAGCCAUCAGCCCGAAGAUACCAUCAGUAAGCAUGAGUCCUGUUGUCCAAAGCCAUGGCAGAAGUCCUGUCCGUGCUCCUGAAAGAAGGGAAAGCAGGAGCCCACCCCAAGAGAAGAGCAUCAGCAUGAGCCCUCGUAGAAGAAGUGCUAGAAGAAGUGAAAGCAGGAGCCCACUUCGGGAGAAGAGCAUCAGUAUGAGCCCUCCUAGAAGAAGCAUGAGCAAGAGCCCCCCUCGAAGUGCAAGCAGAAGCCCAGUUGCCCACAGGAGCAGGAGUCCUGUUAAAGUUCGAACAAGAAGCAUCAGCAGGAGCUCUGCUAGGUCCUUGCAGCGGAGAAGUCGAAGUAGGAGCCUGGAAAGAUCCCCUGUUCGAAAAAGUGCCAGCCGAAGCCCCCCAACUAUGGACAAGGGAAGAAGCACGAGCCGAACCUCUGGAAGAUUCCCAUUGCGAAGAAGUGUUAGCCGGAGCCCAGAUAGGCCUUAUAGGAGGAUUGCAAGCAGAAGUCCUCGAAAGCGUGCUGGGAGAAGCAUCAGCAGAAGCCCAGUGAGACAAUCUAAAAGGAGUAUCAGCCCUGUAAAAGGUGGUCGAUCUCGUCGGAGUGUCAGCAAAAGUGGUAGCCCACCCCGCAGGGCAAUAUCGCCUGCGCAAAAUCAUGGUAGGAGCCCGUCGAGGAGUGACUCUCCUGAUGGGUCAAAGCGCGUAAGAAGGGGACGGGGUUUUACUCAUCGUUACUCAUUUGCAAGACAAUACCGCUCACCUUCUCCUGAUCAUUCUUACCGUUAUGGUGGAAGAGGUGAUCGUGACAGACACAUGGGUUAUCGAGGCUCCCGUCAGCGAUCGCCUCCUAGACGCUAUAGAAGCAGCCCACUCAGAGGAAGAGCAUCACCAAGGCAUAGCAGGUACAGGAGGAGGAGCCGAAGCCUGACAAGGAGUCCCGUUUAUCGAGACCGAGGAAGGGGAGGCGGACGCAGCAGGAGUCCUGUACGCAGCCGCACUCCUGCUGGUGGAAAACUAAGGUCACAUGGGGAUCGCUCGCGUUCAAUGUCGAUGAGCAGAAGCCUGUCUGGAUCAAGAUCGAGGUCUCCACCACCAGUACACAAUCGCUCCCCACUUGCUUCCCCGUCUCCCAAGCGAGCGAGUCAUGAUAAGUCCCGGUCACCCUCUGCUAGCUCUGAAGGGAAGAAGGGUUUGGUUUCCUAUGGAGAUGUCUCCCCUGAUUCUGCUGGGAAGUAGGAAUUCGUCAAAUGCAUACACGAGCUUUCGCCGCUGCUCAAUCCAUCUGCAUUGCGGCAUUGGGUUUUGAUCUGGUGCGGUUAGACAAAGCCAUUUUGAGGUGCUCCAGAUGCUUGCUGUUUUCGUCAUCGUAGAGAUUCUAUGUAUUUUUCUGGAUGGUGGUGAAUUUGGUUGAAUCUUUGUCUAGACGAUCAUAAGCGGAGGUUAGCGAACGAGGUUUUUAAACUUGCAGCACGGUUUUUCUGGCUGUAAUUCUUGUGCGCCGUGGUAGUUAAUGAGUUAAACCUAUUGAAGUA